AUGGAGGCCCCGUGCUCGUGCAGGCAGCAACCCUUUGUGCCCAAGUUCUUGCUGGAGGCCGGGGCAGGCAUGAUCCCGCACCCAGCCAAGGCGGACCGCGGCGGCGAGGAUGCUUACUUCAUCUGUGACCGAGGCACCUGCAUGGGCGUCGCAGACGGCGUGGGCGGCUGGGCAGAGGUGGGCGUGGACCCAGGCUUGUAUUCGCGGGAGCUCAUGAGCCACGCCAAGAAGGCUGCCACCACUUGCGAGCCAGGGCCCAAUGCGCCGCAGCACUUGAUGGAGGUUGCGUAUCUGAGCACCCUGGCACGUGGCUCCUCCACCGCCUGCAUACUUUGCCUGGAGAAUGAGCGGCUGCACGCGUCCAACCUUGGGGACUCAGGAUUCAUGGUGAUUCGCGACGGAGAGCUCGUCUUCAUGUCUCCGCAGCAGCAGCACGAGUUCAACUUCCCCUACCAGAUAGGGUCGGCAGACUCGAUGUCCGACACGCCGCAGGUGGCCCGGCGGUUCAGCGUGGAGGUGCGGCAGGGGGACAUAGUUGUGGCGGCUACAGACGGCCUGUUUGACAAUGUGUACCCAGAUGAGGCGGCCUCCCUGGUCUCCGCCAGCAAGGAGCGGGGGGAGAACGCGCAGGCGGUGGCGGUCACGCUGGCGCAGUUUGCCCGCAUGCGCGCCGCAGACCCCACCCACCUUAGCCCCUUUGCCUACGGCGCGCAGCAGCUUGGCUACCGGUAUUUCGGCGGCAAGAUGGAUGACAUCACAAUUGUGGUGGCUUUCGUGGUCGCUGCCGCGCAGCCCAAGCUGUGA